AUGACUGAACUAACGUCCUUAAUACUUAUCAGCUGUUAUGAGUUGUCUUUUAUUGGAAGAUUCAUAUGUAAAAUUUGGCGCAUAUUUUUCGAUAAUUCACUGUCAACUGUAUUGACUACACUCGAAACAGUUCACGAGAAAUUGAUACGCUUGAAUGUGGACGGGCUGAAGAAAAUAAAAAAUAUUAAUUGGAUUUCUAUAGUUAUAAUUAUUGUAAAUAUUAUGGUAAUUAUUAUAAGUUCAACAAUAUGGAUAAUAAUGCAGAAACAUAUGCUGGAUAUAAUAGAUAUGGUCAUAAUUGUGGUUUUAAAUAUAUGCCAAUGCUUUUGUUUUUGUGAAUAUAUACUGCUAAUAUCAUACAUGAAGUGGAUGAUCUACAUAAUAAAUGAACAAAUUCCGGAAAGAAAAUCGUGCUUAAGUACGUUCAGAGAUAUGUAUUUGGAAGUUAUAGAAUGCUUACACCAAGUCAAUAGAUCAAUAUAUGGUGUGCCGGCCAUUGUUGGUUUUAUUGGAGCAAAUGUCGCUGAAAUCAUAUUUACCAUAUACGGAUAUUUAUUAUUCCCUAGAGACUAUAUCAAUGAUCCUUAUUUGGUAAUUUCUUUCAUAUGGUUGUUGAUGAGAACAGUCAAUGUUAUAGUCUUAUACAAGAUUGGUGACGCCACCGAAAAAGAGGUAAAUCGGAUGAGUCUUGCCUUACAUCAACGAUCCUUAAUAGAAAAGAACCCUAGAAUUAAACGUCAGAUCAAGUGUUUUUUUCUUAGAAGAUUACACGAACACUUUCAUUUCGAGCUGUAUGGAAUGUGUCAUGUUAACAUAAGACAACUGUUUAGUUUAUCAAACAUAGCGAUUGGUUAUUUAGUAAUUCAAGUUUUGUUCAAAUUGAAUAAAUUAUGA